AUGACGACCCGCACCCCCAAAGACACAUACGCUCAGCCCGAGUAUGAGGAGGCUCACUUGGCGACGUUUGCAGCCCCGAAAGGCUACCCUAUCGAGUCUGUGCUGCCCCCCGACGUGAAGAGGGAAACCUUUGAACAGGCCCUGGCCGAGUUUGUCGACGCCGUCGGCAAAGAUUAUGUCUUUAUCGGCGAUGCUCUCUCUCACUACAUCGAUCCCUACGACAUUUAUAUCGACGACAGUGAGAGAAGGAGGAUGCCGAGCGCGGCUGUUUGUCCCUCUUCGCUCGAGGAAGCUAAGCAGGCUCUCAAGGUUGCCAACAAAUACGGCAUCCCGGUCUGGGCUUUUUCCAGAGGCAAGAACCUAGGCUACGGGGGGCCGUCUGCGCGAGUCAACGGGUCCGUCGCCUUUGACCUUCAUCGCAUGAACCGAGUGCUCGAAGUUAGCGACGACUUCUCCUACGCCGUGGUAGAGCCAGGUGUGAGUUUCAAGGAGUUGGGUGAUUAUUGCGCCUUGCAUGGCAAAAAGGUGUGGCCAAGCACUCCCUCUCUUGGAUGGGGAAGCGUAACUGGUAAUACUCUGGACCGUGGUACUGGCUUCGGCUCUCAUUCCGCCCAUCACCAAUCGAUUGCCGGGCUUGAGGUGCUGCUCCCUGACGGAGACGUCGUGCGUACGGGGCAAUUCGGCAUCACCCGCUCGCCCUCGGCCUUCCUGUCCAAAUUCACUUUUGGUCCAUCGAUUGAGGGUCUCUUCUUGCAGAGCAACUUGGGCAUCGUCACCAAGCUCAGCAUCUGGCUAACUCCACAACCACCUGCUUUCAUGGAAUGCACGAUUGGCGUUCCAGCUUUUGAGGAUAUUGAGCCCCUGGUUGAUGUCCUGGGACACCUCCGUCAGACCGGUGUUAUUCCUAACCUCGUCUGGGUCAUGAGCCUGCUUGAGCAGCUUUGCAUGUUUGGAAGGAGGUCCGACUAUUGGCAAGGCGAGGGCCCUAUUCCUCCAUGGAAGCUGGAAGAGAUUCGCAAGGAGAAGGGUAUGAGCUACUGGCAUGGCCGCUGGGGACUUUACGGUCCGAAGAGGAUCAUCCAAGCCCAGUUCGAAGAGAUCAAGGAGAUCGUGGCCAAGAGGGUUCCCCAGGCCACCCUCGUCGGCAACUUUUUCCAGGGCGAGAAUGGAGAGCUUCUCGACAACAAGGCUAUCCCAAAUGACAAUGGGAGUCUCUUGGUCGGUAUCCCAAGCCUUUGGAGUCUUCCUUUGGUAGGCUGGGCAUUGCCACGCGGUGGUGGAGGCAAGGCCGCCCACGGCGACUAUGCCCCCAUCAUCCCUAACUCUGGCAAGAUGGUUCUCGAGUGGAUACGUGCCUGUAGACCUCACUAUGAAGCAGCUGGAGUCGAGCCCAUGGUGGACUUUUUCAUGCACGAACGGCACGUAAUCAUGGUCAACAUGUUCACCUUCAACCAGGAAGACCCCGACCAUCGAAACAAGAUCCACAAGCUUUACCAUAACUUCCACGCCGAGAGCAAAAAGCGAGGAUAUGGCAUGUACCGCGCACAUGUCAACCACAUGGAUCUCAUCGCGGGCUUGAGCGAUUUCAACAAUCACGCGUACAACCGCUUCAUCGAGAAGCUCAAGGACGCUGUCGACCCGAACGGUAUCCUGGCGCCAGGAAAAUCCGGGAUCUGGCCCGAAAGGUACCGGCAUCUAAGGGAAGGUGGAGCAAUUCUGGAGAAGCAGGCUAGUCAUUUGUAG